AAAGCAAAGCACAACCAAGUUCAUUCGAGUUGAAAACAAAAAUUUGCAGACCGAGAGUUGUCAGAUUUAAGCUUUACUACUUUCAGACUCACUACUUCCUCUCUCCCUCCCUCAAACCAAUCCAGGACUUUGUUUCGAUUACAAACUACAGAGAGGAUAAGCGAAGACAUACAACCAGAGAGAGAGAGAGAGAGAGAGAAUGCCUGGGAGUUUAGAGCCUUUGGACUUGAGGGUUCAGAUUCCUUAUCAUUUCAUGUGUCCGAUCUCGCUCGAGCUCAUGCGUGACCCGGUGACCCUCCACACCGGUCAGACAUACGACCGAGCCAGCAUCGAGUCUUGGGUCGCCACUGGUAACACCACGUGCCCCGUCACCCGGACCCCACUUUCCGACUUCACUCUAGUCCCGAACCACACACUUCGUCGCUUCAUACAAGACUGGUGCGUUGCCAACCGUUCUCUAGGUAUUGAGCGGAUCCCCACUCCCAAGCAAUCCGCCGACACCAAUCUGGUACGUUCGCUGCUGAUCCAGGCCUCUUCCGAGUCGAACCGCGCCCAUUCCCGCCUCUCCGCGCUUCGUCGACUCAAAGGACUCGCCCGUGAAUCGGACAAGAACCGCUCCGUCUUUUCCUCGCUCAACGCAGAAGAAGUCCUCAGCAACAUCAUCUUCUCCGGCAUAGGUUCCGACUUCCCCGAGUUAAACCAAGAGGCGCUUGCACUCCUCGUAAUAUUCCCUCUCACAGACUCGGAGUGCACCUCGGUAGCCUCGGAUGGGGUCCGUGUUGCCUUCCUAUCACACCUACUUCGCCAUUCUUCGAUCGAAGUCCGAGUCAACUCCGCUGCACUCAUUGAAACCGUCGUGUCUGGAACUCGUUUUCCGGAACUCCGAGCUCAAGUUUGUAAUGUGGACGAGAUCUUCGAAGGAGUAAUAGAGAUCAUGAAGAAACCUAUCGCCACUUAUCCGCGAGCUCUAAAGGUAGGAGUAAAGGCCUUGUUCGCGUUGUGCCUGGUGACGCAGACCAGGCACAAGGCGGUGUCCGCCGGAGCGGCCGAAACUCUUAUUGAUCGGUUGACCGAUUUCGAGAAGUGCGAUGCGGAGCGAGCGCUGGCUACAGUCGAGCUGCUCUGCAGAGUCCCGGAAGGAUGUUCAGCUUUUGCAGCCCACGCACUCACCGUGCCUCUGCUCGUAAAUAUAAUCCUGAAGAUCUCAGAACGGGCGACCGAAUACGCUGUGGGAGCGCUUCUCUCGGUCUGCUCGGCGUCGGAGGAGAGUCAGAAAGAUGUGGUAGCCGCGGGGGUACUGACUCAGCUGCUAUUGUUGGUGCAGAGCAUAUGUACGGACAGGGCCAAGAGGAAGGCACAGCUGUUGCUGAAGCUUCUUCGGGAUUCGUGGCCAGAAGAUUCCAUCGGAAAUUCCGACGAUUUUUAUUGUAACGAGGUUGUGAUACGGUCGUACUGAUGCUUGAGUUCUUCAAUCCGUUCUCAAAUUGUUUUUCUUAUUUUAUCAUUAAAUUAAAAAAAAAAAAGGAAGAAAAGAAAAUUGAGGUUGUAGGAAGUUGAUGUAUAGAGAAUUGUAAUUUAUGUACGUAAGAAUUUUUGUUGAAAAGCAAAUGAAAAGAUAGAGAUCAUCUGCGCAUGACUAAUUUUGGUUUACCUAUAUUAUAUGCAUAUAUUUAUUUAUUUGGGGCGAGGCAUUUGGUUUGUUUGAUAUAAUAAUAAUAAUAAUGGCGAUUG